AUGCAUCUUGGUGGGGAUUUGGUAUUGACACCUAGGCUUAGUUAUAAAAAUGGGAUAGUUGAGUACUUUGACCAUUUUAACUGUGAUGAAGGCAGUAUUUUAGAUCUGAGGAGAAUGGUCAAACAACUUAGGUUUUGUGACAAAAAAGUCCAGUUUUGGUAUAAGUAUGGGAACACAAGGAGACCUAAAGCUAUGAAACUAAGUAGUGAUGCUGAUAUUCUAGGGUUGAUAACUGACAUUCCAGAGAACAAAGAGUUGGACAUCUUUGUAGAACACCUGUAUGAUGAUCAAUGGGACUAUGAUGUAGAAAUAGAUAGGGAACUAGGAGAUGAUACACUAAUGCAUGAUGCAUCUGAAGGUGAAGAUGAUAGUAGUGGCAGUGGCAGUGGCAGUGUUGGUGAGGAAUUUGUUGAGGUUGAAGGAGUUGAUGUAAGGGACACUGCAACUAGUUCACAUGGUCAGGGGUUAGAUGGAUUAGGUAAACAGGUUGAGGAAUUUGCUGAGGUUGAAUGCAAUCUGUCUGAACAAGUGUUGAGAAGCUUGGGUGAUUCAGAUUCAGAUGGAGAAGUAAAUGGUCUAGUGGAUAUGUUUGAGGAGAGGAAUCUGAAAAAAGAAGGGUUUAAAUUUGUGACUGGAAUGGUUUUUAAUUCUUCUAGAGAAUUCAAGUGGGCAGUUGAAUAUCAUGAAGCCUUGAGACAUAAGGAUGUAAAGUUUAAGAAAAAUGAGGCCAGGAGAGUAAGGGUUGUGUGUAGACACAAUAACAUUUGCAAAUGGAGUAUUUUUGGUUCAAAAAGCAAUCCAAACUGUCCUUUUACUAUCAAGACAUACAACUCUGUUCACUCAUGUGGAAAUCAAGAUGAAAACAAGGUGGUCACUUCUGGAUUUCUCGCUAAAUUCUUUAAGGAUGAGUUUAGAGUAAAUACAGAUUGGGGUAGAGGACCAUUUCAGGAACAUGUGAAGGCAAAAUUCAACUGUCAGUUAACUAGAAAUCAAGCCUAUUUGGCAAAAAAGAAAGCUUUAAAGCAAAUAGAGGGUCAAGAUGAAGAACAAUUCAAGCUAUUGAAUGACUACUAUGAGGAGUUGAGGAGAAGUAAUCCAGGUUCCACUGUCAAGAUGAAGUUAGACAGUGAAUUCAUUGUUAAUGGAAGGCCUAGGUUUGUAAGGCUUUACAUUUGCUUUGGAGCAUGUAAAGAAUGA